AUGACGAUCUGUACUUAUAACGCACGUAUGCUUGCAUCGGAAGCGGCCAUCGAAGAUCUGAUGAUGCAAUUCAAGAAGAUCAAGUACGACGUCAUCGGACUGACCGAGACGAGACGACGUCACCUUCUCAACGCCGUAUAUGAAACUGGAGAAGAACUGUUCUUAGGAACAUGCGACAGUAGAGGUGUUGAUGGAGUUGGCAUCCUCGUCAACACGAAUAUGGCAAAGAAGAUCGACUCUUUCGAACAACUUACGACCCGAAUCGGACGUCUGCGGAUGAGAAGAUGCGGUCCAACACCAGCUUUGACUAUCUUCGUCGCUUACGCUACAACAUCAAGCUACGAAGAAGAAGAAGUCGAAGCUUUCUAUAUGGACCUGGAGAAGUUCUACCGAGAAGAGCAUGCCUUCUACGAUCUGUACUUAUAA